UUUAUUUUACAAAUUUGAAGAGAUUUGUCUAGUCACAAAAAACUCAUCCUUAAAGUUUCACUAAUCCAAAUCCCAAAAGCCAAAAAAACAUUCACUUGACGCAAUCCGCAGCAAGAAGCCAACCCAAGACUGUUUUAAUAUUUUCUUAAAAUGAUUCUCAGAAUCUCUCUUUAUAUGCCAACCCUUCAAAAUUACUUCUUUGUCAUACUCAUAUCUAUCCUGCAAUUUCCCCACCUCUUAGUGUAUUAUUUUUAAUAUUUUAUUAUUUUCUUUAUUCCUUAACCGCUUUAAAUUCUCUAAAAGUCAAAAAAUAUCAGAUUUUGUCAAAAAUCAUUAUCAUUCCAAUCAAUCCAUUAAUCAAUCUUAACCAUUCUGCAAAUUUUCAAUCUUAAUCUUUAAUCUUUAUUAGUUCUUUCUUCAUGGAUUUCAAAGCUGAAUCCAUUUACAACAACCUAAAACUUCCCCAGUUUCUGCUCUUUUUUACAUUCAUCUACAUAGUUGCACACAAAAUCUUCAAAAAUUGGGGUCCAAAACAUCGUUAUGACGCAUGCAGCUGCGUUUUAUCACUCUUCCAUGGAACCCCAUCAGUAAUUUUAGCCAUUUUUGCUUUAAUCAUAGUUAAAACCCGAAACCCAGAUAACCCAACAACAGUUUUUGCAUCAAAAAAUACCCCUUUUCAAAAUUUGGUUCUUGAAUUUAGUACAAGUUAUUUCAUCAUGGACCUUCUUCAUUACUUAGUAUUUAACCCACAUGAUGUUAUCUUCAUUGCUCAUCAUUUAGCUACUCUGUUUGCUCUUCUCACUUGCAGAUUUGUAGUCAAUCAUGGAGCUUCUGCAAUCUUGGGAAUCUUGAUUCUUGCUGAGGUAACUAGUCCAUUACAGAAUAUUUGGUCAUUGGCAAGCUUAAGAAAGACUGAUUUUCCUAGUGCUAAGAAGGUUUUUGAUGUUUUGUCACCUGGGUUUUAUGCAUUUUAUACAGUUGUUAGAGGUGUACUUGCACCUUUGUUUGUGAUCAAGAUUGGGUUUGUGUAUGCUAGUGGAGCUGUGAAUAGUGUGAUUCCUACAUGGGUUUGGUGUUCUUGGAUGAUGUUAACUGUAUCUGGUAUCUUUGCUAGCUUGUUGUGGAUUUUGAAUCAUUGGAUUGUGUUUUACAAAGAAAAGCAGUGCAACAAGAAGUUGGAAUGAUGUAUGGGAGUGUUUUUUGAUACGGGCGCCCAGUAAGACAGGUGGUUAGAAUAGAAUCCUUCUCGUGAACGAGAAAACUUUUUACCAUUAUGUCGAUCAAUGAUUUACAAAUCUUCCCAUCUUUGAUUAGAUGUUGAUAUGUGCUAGUAAUAGUAGUUUUUAGUUGGAUUUGUGAAUUGUAAAUCUUGAUGACUAUUUAGUUAAAUGUUUAGUUAGUUGGUGAAAUUGGAUUGUUCUCAUUAUAGCAUUUGGAUUGUGGUAAUACUACAUCCUAGAGAUUGGCUAAAGUUCAAAUUUCAGGAGCAUUUUUUAUGGAUUCUGGACCAAAAAUAUUCUUGAGUUUAGAUGCUUUUGCUCAUGUUUAGGAUGAGAUUAUCUAAACUCAAGGAAAGUAUGUAGAGAUGUAAUUGCAUAAGCAAUCGUAGCUACUCUUUAUGAUAAAAAGAAGUGAUCAUUUAUAAAUUAUUUGUAAAAAGAUCAAAAAAGGUCACACAAGUUGAAAAGUAGAUUGCAUAUGAAGUCUGGACUCUGGACCACCUUAUAUGCUACAUAACCAAAAACAAAUUGGAACUUUGGUGUUGCUAAAUAUGGAAUUCAUGCAUGGGGGGUUGCGUUGAAGUGUGUCAAAUGCUUGACGUGUCGUCUUUUGGUGGUGAAAACAUAUGCCUGACUGACAUGUUUUGGUGGACGGUAAUUGGGCCGAAAACACGUGCUUGAUGUGUUGCGUUUUGGUGAACAAUAAUAGUUGCAUCGUGUUAGCCAUCUUCAAAUAAUGACAUUACAUGACACAAGCACACAGAUGUGUACUGUGUUAUAGGCUUAUAGCCAAUUAGCCAUCUUUAAAAUUUGUUUUUCAAAAUUGGUUAUAAAAUGGGUGGACAACUCUAAGGUCACAUGUCAUAUAGUGCAAUUUUUAAAAAUGGUGAGCUAGGAAGUAUACCACUACAUAGAAAUAGAUUAGUUUCAUGCUUUAUUUACACCAAAAAGUGUAUGUUGUCCUUUCAAUUGAAUUUACAAUAUAUUUCUACAAUAAUUUCCUUUUUUGCUAUGACCUCACGCUAUUUAAUUCUUAU